CACAAUUGACAUCCAAUGAAGUCCUUGUUCCAUUUGGUCCCUCUUAGCAACCCCAACCCACAUCCUUCAUGUUGCGUUUUCUCAAAAGGCAUCGCUAGUUCUGGUCCUAUAUAAGAAGACAGCAAUAUCAUCCGCGACCCAUGCUCGAUUCCAUGCACUCCGUCCUGAUCAGCAAGAGUCUUUCCAAGAUCCCCAACCAUAAGAGUCAGUCCAGGUCUCAAGAAAGCUAUCAGAACAGAACGAAUACCGAAAGAGAGCAUUUACCCCUGAGGCCGCCCUGGCCCGGCCGGCCGUUUUCAUGUUUGUACUCGUGUUCCUGUUUGACACAUCCCAAGCCCAGGCCCGUCUUUCAUUUCUUUCCCUUGCCCUUCAUCCCUCUCUCUCAGACUACCCACCUUACCAUCCCUCUCACUCCCACUCCCACUCCCACUCCCACUCCCACUCCCACUUCCACUUCCACUUCCACUUCCACUUCCACUUCCACUUCCACUUCCACUUCCACUUCCACUUCCACUUCCACUUCCACUUCCACUUCCUCUUCCUCUGACCCUUUCCUUCUUACCCCUUCCCCUCAACCUAGUUCCUCCUGCUUCAGAACGUGGAGGAGGAGGAGCAGGGGGAUCUUGUGUGCUGUGGUUUGACCAGCUUCUCUGGAAACCACUCGUGUCGUAUCCCGAUCGGGGCAUUGUUCUUUUCUGUGGAUAUGGAGACGGCUCGACGGGGAGCUUUUGUGGCGUGGCGUGGCGUGGUGUGGUGUGGUGUGGUGUGGUGCAAUGAGUUUUGCGGAAUGAAAUAGUUGGGCUGGGUUGGGUUUGUAGUUCGUCUU